AUGAAUGAGACAAUCUGCACGGAUAUAAGCGACCACAACAUGAUUGUUACCACGCUUUCGAGCAGUACCAACAAAGAUGUCCAAUUCUUAAGUAAGAGCAUCGUCAACCACCACCAACUAAACGCAGAAUUCGCAGAAGCGUUGCAGAACAUUCCGUCGACAACAUGCGCUAACGAAAAGAUCAAACUCAUAGCCGACAAAUACAACAAGAUCCGAAAUCGUGCCACAAAAACAAUAACAAUAAGAGCAAAGCAAACAGCAUCGCCAAAGCAAUCCUGGAAAUUCUUGAACGAAGCCCUCGGCCGCAAGUCCAAAUCGCAUGAUAAUAUUACGCUCAAGAUUGGAAAUGAAGUUCAGGUGGAUCCAGCACAAGUUUCAAACAGCAUCAACGACUACUUCUGCAAUAUUGGUCCCCAAUUGGCUGCUAACAUCGCAAGCAAUCGAGACAUUCAACAGUACAAUUCACUUCGUUCGCAACCAUCGCCUUCCUUGUUUUUGAGACCGGCAACCGUCUCAGAGGUACUGUUAGAAAUCAGCAACUUAGAUUCCAACAAAUCUCCUGGUGCUGACAAUAUUACCGUGGACACACUAAAAACACAUCACUUGGCGCUCUCCGAUAUCCUGACAGAUAUCUUUAAUGAAAUAGUCGGAACCGGAGUUUAUCCCGACGCAUUGAAACUAGCCCGAGUAACUCCUAUUUUCAAGUCCGGAGACAGCUCAGACGUUUCAAACUACCGUCCAAUCUCAACGCUCUCAGUAUUGAACAAAAUCCUGGAAAAACUUCUCGUCACCAGGAUAAGUGAGUACUUAUCGAGAUACGACCUAAGCCCGCGCCAGUAUGGAUUCCGAAAAGGAUGCAGUACAUUAACAGCAACUACUGAACUCCUGGAAGAUAUAUAUGACGACCUGGACAAUCGUAACUACGCCGGUGCCCUGUUUUUGGACCUAAGGAAAGCAUUCGACACAAUAGACUACGCCUUGCUGUUGCAAAAAUUGGAUUGGUAUGGCAUACGAGGUCAGCCUCAUCGGUUAAUUGAGAGCUACAUAACAGAUCGACAACAAUUCGUGUCUCUGAAAGCAAAGAUAACAUUCUUUCUACCAACAUUAACACCACCUGCUGACGGAAAAGGUCAUCAUUUCUCACAAAUUGUGUUUAGUGAUCGUAGCGUGCAGAUCAUGAUGCACUCUGAUAUGUUUUCAAUCAAUAAAUAA